AAAAAAAUUAUGUGUACCACUAUGCCCUGGCAUGUUUUUCUUUUAAUUGCUUAUUUAUUUAUUCCUUGGCUUUUCAGGGUGGGGUUUCCUUGAGUGCGGGGAUUAAAGGUGAACACUACCACAUCUGGCCUAUCUCUUUAUUUUUAUCUUUUCCUCGACAACUUCACACAUUUAUGUAAAGUAUUUACCCAGAUCCAUUGCUAUUUCUUCCCACACUCCCGGUACAGCCUCCUCCCACCUUCACGCCCUUUCUCUGUAGCCCAGAGUCCAGGAACUGCUGACAGCUGGGAUAGUGAUCUCACUGGUUAUAGCACUGAGCGUGGUUCACCCCAUAGCUCUCAUGCCACUGGUUCACCAGCAGCUACAUCUUGUCACCAGCUGGAGUUGCAAUACUCAAAGUCCACACCUGGAUAAGGGCACUGAUGCCUUUUCUCCCCAACAGAUGGCACAUCACCUUCUGGUACUAUGAAAUUGAAUCGGCUUGGAGGAAAUCUCCAGGUCAAUUCCAGUUUCUGCAUUUCCUACAACCAAAGUGACUGGUGUCUUCAGCAACUUAGUCUUGUCAUCUGAUUAUGGUGGGCAACCAAGAGUGAUGGCAAGAGCCUGUGUUGUUUGGAGAGUUCUGGGGAGAAACAUCUCUGGCUUUCGAUGUUCAUUUCUGGCCUUUAUGCAAUUUAAAGGUACAGGUUUCCAGUUCGGAAGUGUAUCUUCCACAGGGAACACAGCAACAGCUUUAAGUAAUGCUUAGAUCAGGUGACAAUUGAGAAAGUUCCAGAAUGUGCCUGGGGUGGCAGCAAAGCAUGAUGUCUCAGCCUGAUACAGCUGUGUAAAGGAGCCUAGCACAGGGCAGAGGAGAGCGAUACGUGGGAGACAGUGUAGCUGCUAGAGUUGCAAAGAAGACAAAGAGGAUGAGUGCAGAAGAGACUGACAGAAAGCCACAAUGUCGUGGGUUCGAUACCUCUUCCAUGGGCCUCCAGCUGCUGAGUAAGGAAGCAACGUGGACCCGGGCAAGGCAGGCAUGGCAGUAGAGAGAGCUCCAGAGAUCUUGACCUUGUGGCGACAGAUCGAGAUGGUGGGCACAGUAUUUCUCAAGGUAUAGGACUGUGCACACGGACAGUAGAACUGUCCACCUACCGCCCAAAUUUCGCUUUGAAUGGGAACAAUAAAGUAACAUUUCUAGAAAGCUGGGCACCCUCUGAAAACAAAUACAGGUGUAGCAAAAGUCCGGCCAAAGAUCCAGGUCUCCUCCCCUAUCUCAGUGUUCACAAUUCUGUAAGCUACAUCGUUCAAUAAAUCCCCCAGCGAGUCUUGGUCUCCACUUCUGGUUUGAGUCCCGCCCCCGAGACAGGGCCCGCCCCCUUUCUCUAGCGAGCCUAUACGCGGGAGUCACGGGCUCAAAGUAGCUGGGAACUGUAGUUCUGCAAGACCGACUGGUUACAGGCCAGCAGGUGGACCUGAGGAUUGCUACGGGAGAGAAGGUGGCGGGCACGUGUCUCGCCUAGGCCUUUUCUCACCCAUCCGUGAGCUUCUUCCAGCCUGGGUACCGGGGACAGCCCAGUCUUGUCCGAGAACCUUCAUGGGGCAGAGACGCGGGUUUUCCUUAUUCAUUCGAACACCUAUCAACGAGGACCCCACCCACAGACUUACCCCGCCUUCUUCGGCUCCGCCUAUUUCGUUCUCGGAAGUGGACGAGCCAGCGGCUCCCGCAAAGCACGCCGGGUGUUGUAGUUCCGGAAACCAAGCCUGGAUGCACGGAGGCAUGUGGCCCAGAGUGUUGCUGAGGGACGGGCGGGCAGCUGCGGGCGGGUGCCGGGCUCUCUUGUCUCGCUUCGCCGUGCGUUUCUCCCCGCCAUGGAGUACUGGGAGCGAUUCACCCCUGCGAAGCAACCUGCAUGGAACUGCGACGCGAGCUUUCCCACUCAUCCCUAUAGUGGUGGAGCAGACGGGUCGAGGCGAGCGCGCUUACGACAUAUACUCGAGGCUGUUGCGGGAACGCAUCGUGUGCGUCAUGGGCCCGAUUGAUGACAGCGUGGCCAGCCUGGUCAUCGCCCAGCUGUUGUUCUUACAGUCAGAAAGCAACAAGAAACCCAUUCAUAUGUACAUCAAUAGCCCAGGGCCAAGCCACAGACAUCGCUAUCCAGGCAGAGGAGAUCAUGAAGCUGAAAAGGCAGCUGUACAACAUCUAUGCCAAGCACACCAAGCAGAGCCUGCAGGUGAUCGAGUCAGCCAUGGAGAGGGACCGCUACAUGAGCCCCAUGGAGGCCCAAGAGUUUGGCAUCUUGGACAAGGUCUUGGUCCACCCGCCUCAGGAUGGGGAGGAUGAGCCAGAACUGGUACAGAAGGAGACCACCACAGCACCAGCGGACCCUCCUGCCCCAGCAGGCACCUAAGGACUUGACCUCCUCUCCAGGAGUGUGGAGACCAGACUGAGGACUGCUACACUUCCUCUGCUGGGCUAGAAAACCCCUGGAGGAGAUGUGGUUUGAGGUUGCCCUCACAGCAGGGCAGCCUGCCUGAGACAUUGUGAUUUUAAAUUAAAUCUUUGUGGUCUUUGUCCCA